GCACUAAUCCCCUCACAGUGAUCAUGUGUCAGCGGAGUCUGAAGAAGCAGCAGCAGCAACAGAAGGGGCUGUUGCGGAGCGUUGCGGGGAAAUGGUGAGAUGCUGCAGGCCUUUGCACAGCUCUCCCACUUGCUACAAUCUCCACAGAGUCAGGGUUGAUGUGCGGCGCCUCCGGCCGCCUGGCUCCUCAUCGGGAGCGACAGGGGAGCCCGUACCCGGCGCCAACAAUGCCGGCACGGGAGCCCCUGGGGGCCCGUCUCAGCUCAGCCACCGAAAUCGAUUCAGGUUGCAGUUCCCACAAUUGGCCUUGCGGCGGCGUCUAGGCCAGCUGAGCUGCAUGUCCCGGCCUACUGCCCGCCUUCGAUCAUGGCCUCUGUCCUUCCUCUACUACAUCCUGCCCUUCGCAGCACUCAGGCCUCUCGCCAAAGUGGGCUGGAGGCCCACAAGCAGAGUUACGAUCUACAAGUCCAUACCAACACGACUGCUCUCCAGAGCAUGGGGUCGGCUGAACCAGGUAGACCUGCCCACCUGGUUACGGAAACCUAUCUAUAGCCUGUAUAUAUGGACAUUUGGAGUCAACAUGAAGGAAGCGGCCGUGGAAGAUCUACAGCACUACAGAAACCUGGGCGAGUUUUUUAGGCGCAAACUCAAACCACAGGCCCGACCAGUGUGCGACUCGCACUGUGUGAUUAGCCCUGCUGAUGGCAAGAUCCUUCAUUUUGGGCGUGUGAAGAACUGUCAGGUGGAGCAGGUGAAGGGAGUGACGUACUCCCUGGAGACGUUCCUCGGGCCACACACUUGGACCGAUAGUCUCACCGAUAACAGAAAUGAGGAUGACCCCGGCACGUUCCAGGAUUCCCUAGUAACUAAGGAGGGGAAUGAAUUGUUUCACUGUGUAGUGUAUCUGGCUCCAGGAGACUACCACUGCUUCCAUUCGCCCGCAGACUGGAGGGUGGCACACAGACGACACUUCCCAGGUGCUCUGAUGUCUGUGAAUCCAGGAGUUGCACGUUGGAUUAAGGAACUUUUCUGCCAUAACGAGCGUGUGGUCUUGAGCGGAGAGUGGACACAUGGAUUUUUUUCACUCACAGCUGUAGGAGCCACAAACGUGGGAUCUAUACGCAUCUAUUUUGACAAGGAACUACACACCAACAAUCCUCGCUACAACAAAGGCUCUUACAAUGAUUUCAGCUAUGUAACGAACAACAACCGAGAAGGCGUGACGAUGAGGAAAGGAGAGCACCUGGGCGAGUUUAACUUGGGCUCUACUAUUGUACUGUUAUUUGAAGCUCCACAGAACUUUACCUUUAGUUUGCAAGCAGGCCAGAAGAUCCGUUUUGGAGAACCUCUCGGGACAAUGUAAUGGCGUCGAGAGGGAAAUGGAAUUUGAGGUUGGACACGCUAAUCUGUGUGCAGAUGCAUUCAGGGUUUCAAGAACUAAUACACUUACAUUUGCAGAGAUGUACUCUGUUUAACCCGAGAUACAUGUGUGUUCAUAUGUACUCACUCAAACCACCACUGUUGCAUUAUUGCCAUUGGGUUCUCCCAGUCAUUUUCUUGGGGUUUAUACACUUUUGUCCUUUUUAUUGUAACAUAAUUUUGAGUCAAAGCUUAGACCAUUAAGUUGUAAAGAUUUGUUUACCAUGAAUGCCAUCCAGCUUGCUCUAAAUUAUUUUUCUAUUUUGUUAAAUGAUUUUGUUUUUCUCUUUUGCCCAUAUUGCCUUUGGCUGGAGUCAAUGUAGAGGGGUUUACAUGGUCGAGGAUAUCCACAGCUGACUCUACAAGCAUCGGGAUAUACCUCCUACUCGUAAAAAUAAGGAAUGUACAAGAGAUUAUGGCUCUUUAUUUUAUCAAUCCUUCCUUUACUUUUUACCAGACUCUCGUCUCUAUCUUCAAUACAGUUCUCUCUGUUCAACUUUUGUGCACCACUUAAUGAAGGUGCAAGCGAUUUUGACAAUAAAAUCAUUGCCACAGUUACUUACUAAUGAGAGAGUUCUGGGAAAGUCAAACAAUUAUCACUGCCAUUGUUCUCUGAUUUUUAAUUAUGCCUUUGCUUGUUGGUCUAGCGAUUAGUUUUUGAGAUCUGUGUUAAGUAUUAUGCUAGUAGAGAAAGCUCUACUCUGUUUUUGUCUCAAUUUGAUUAGUGCCAAAAAUGCAAGAUAUAUUUUUACUAACACAUGUUUUUUGCCCUUUUGAUAUGAAUCAAAUUUCUCUUGUGAUUUUAUGGUUUACGUUCUUGGUGUUUUCUUUGUUUUGUUUAACAAGCAUGUGGAAAGUUCAACAGACUAUACUGGAAUAAAGACACUCCUAACUCCCCCAAUCUGCACCACACAUAUGAAGAUAAGGGAAAGGACUGUUGUACCAGAAGCUUGGGCCUCUGGGUUAGAUUUGCUUUGAAUGUGUUGACAACCAAACACUGAGUUUUGUGAAAUGUAUUAAUUCAAUUCAUUUAACAUAGAGGUUAACUACAAACUAGUUCAAAGCGCAAGAAAAAUGUCUAAUAAAUUUUGAAGAU